AUGGGUUUCUAUAAUCAGAUUCUGUUUCUUCUAAUCUUAAUCUCACUUUCACCAAGGUGCCAAUCAUGGGGUUGGUUCUCUUCUUCAACAGAGACUCACUCCACUGAUAAUUCACAAACAAAUGGUUUGCCCCAUGGUUCUGUAGUGGAAUUUUCUAUGAAUGGUCUCAGUGAUGAGAAGGGAAUGAAACUAAUCGAAAAAGCCAAGAGUAAAAUUGUUGGCACAAAUUCUUGUUGGCAGAAUGCUUAUCAGCAUCUCUUUGCCGGCUGCUCACAGAUUCUUGCCGUUGAGGAGAAGCGGUCGAGAUUUGCUUGGCACCUUAGUGAUUGCUUCCAAAAGGACUCUGGACGGCCAGCUUUUCCUUACUGUGACACAAAAUCUGCCAUGAUUAAUUGUCUCAAAAUGUUGAAUGACAAUGAGCACAAGAUUUAUCUUGAAUUCUUACUGGAAACCAAUUCCAUCUGCUAUCAGUUACAGGCCCAUGCCUUCAACAAUAAAAUGGAGAGACUAGUGAAUGAUCUUAAGAAUUCAGCAGAAUAUACUGAAGAACAGUUAGAAAUCAUUGAAGGAAAAACUCACUCCCUAUUGCAGAGAUCCAAUCAGAUUCAGGAUUCAUUGAGUUCAAUAGAUAUUCAAGUUGAAAAUGUUGCUCAAACAACAAAAGAUGCAAAGGAUCACAUGGAUGUUUUAUCUAAGCACUCUGAAGCUGUUUAUAAACAUUCGAAGGAAAUUGCACAUUCUCAAUCAGAGCUGCAAGAGGGACAAGCAAAAAUGAAUGAAAAUUUGAAGGAAGGGAUGUCGGUGCUUCAUGAUGCUUACACCAAUCUAGGCCAAGAAGUGGACAAUGUGAGAAAUGAGGCUGUUGAGAUAGAGAAGCAGAUUGGCAGAGUUGGAGAAACAUUGUCUUCAAAGAUGCAUACUUUACAAAAUUCAGCUGAUGAUAUUGAGAACAUGGCAGGGAAGUCCUUGGAUAAGCAGAAACAACUUCUAGAUGGGCAAUCCAAUGCACUUAAGGGUCUUCAAAUCCUAACACAAUUUCAAUCAGAAGCAUUAGAAGAGAGCAGGAGUACUCUGCAACACUUUGCUGAGUAUGGCCGUAAACAGCAGGAAGAGCUUCUUCAGCGGCAAGAACAACUUCAAAAAGUCCAUGACCACUUGGUUGAAAAUUCAAAUUCAAUAUUGGCAGCUCAGGAAGCUUUUGAAUCAAAGCAAGCAAACAUGUUCAUUGCUCUGGAGAAGCUGUUCGCUUUGCAAAAUGCCAUGCUCCUUGAAUCACGAAUAAUUAAAGCUUUCAUCCUCUACACUGCAUCAAUCUUCAUUGUUUAUAUGUUCACCAGUACAAAACAAACAUAUACCAUAAGAGCAAGGCUUUAUGUUGGUCUUGUUGCUACAUUCCUGGUAGAAGUUGCAAUACUUCGGCUCACAACAAAUAGUCUAGAACGACAAACAUGGCUAAUUAAUGCGGUCAGGUUACUCUAUGGGAUUCUUGCCUUUGUUCAGUUUCUACAUGCCAUUUUCACAUACAGGGACUAUGAAGUUUUGAAUCAUCACUUGAUACUAAACCUAAUGGAUAAGAUCAAUGUCCUGCAAAAAAAUAAAGAGUUGUCAUGGGAAACAGAUAGUGACAUGGACUGGUCUUCAUGGAUUGAAACAGAGUUACCAGAAAGGGACGACAGUUUGGAAGACCCUGACUUCAAAGUUCCAGAAGAAGUUGCAGAGAAUUCAAUAACAACUACUUCCAUGACAAGAAAAUAUAAUCUACGCUGCCGCCAGCAUAUGGGAAAAUUCCUGAAUCUCUAG